AUGGAGGGGCAAAGAGCAGCCGUUCUCUCGGCUAAGCUGUACAGAUCUUUAACAACUCAUACCUUUUCCAAGCUGUCAGCAGAGUGCCAGAGCUUGUCCCAUAAAAGUCGAGACCUUCAACCGAUCGCAAGACAUCACACUGUCUCAACUUGCUUGACCUGUAUCGCUCAGCUGGCAGGCCUCAGGGCUAUCAUACAUCAGCUCACAGAGGCAAUCGCGUUUGGCCGUGAGGUGGCCAUAGAAAUGGAAGUUGGCACAUUGCGUUCGUCGAACCGUGUAGUCACCUUUAGCUUUUUGGCAGACUUCUUUGCACAGGCUGGCCUGCAGGCUCCAGCGGAUGCGACAGCAAGGCCGAGCUACCAGCCCUCGAACACCUUCGCCAGACCUACUAAGGAUGCGCUGUCCUUGACUGUUGGCUCUAGCCCCUUUCAUGGGACUGCGAAGGCUACUGACCUUGGCGGCUUCGAGGAUACAACUUCUAGCCUUCCACAAACGCAGGCCUCCAGUGGUUCCAAAGAGCAGCUUGCACAAAGAGAGGCCAGGGACAGGCAUCUUGCCGGCAUUGGUGAAGAAGCAGAACAAGCUCUGCAGCAGAAAGAGUUGUGGGAGCACCACAUGAGGCAGUGCUUGGAACAAGAACAGAAGGAUUUGGACUGGAGGCAAGCGGCUCAAAGGGACCAUACAGAGAUGCUCAAGGAGCAGAUCAGGGAGACCAAGCAGCGGCGAGCUGAAGCCAGGCGGCUCUCCAAGGAACAGGCAUCCCUUCACGACUUCCCGGAUUUUUCGAAGCCUUCCAGCAUCUCAGUGCGUGACUACAUCAUGGAGCGACAAGCCAAUCUGAGGGACGAUCUUGAUCAGCAGGUAGAGCUCAAGAAAAGGCAGAAGGAGCAAAGGAAGGCAUUGGACCAUGAAUUAGAUCGAAUCAACAACUUGGCCUGCCACCGCGAUCUGGUGCAGCAGCAAGUCCGAGAGCGAGAGCGUGGACGUGCAGCGUUGCAGGAGUGUCUGGAGUCCUGGGAAGACACGAAGCGCAUCAAAAAUGCAGAAAGAGCAGUGGCAGAAUUCAAAAAGAUGCCCUGCACGUCUCGCAUUGGCUUGGUGGAAAUGCUCUCCAGCUUGCGAAGCACUGACGGGUCGGGUCCACGAGAAUCGACACCCCAGUAUGUCCAAACAGUGCCAGCGGAGCCAAAGCAGCACACGCCACAGACGGCGAGACCGCCGAGAGUGACUGUUGGAGAUCACGUGCCAUCCACUCCCAGUGAGAGUACCUUUUCCGCGCCACAAACAGCUCGACCGCAGAGAGUGACGGUUGGAGAUUCUUUGCCAUCAACUCCGAGUGAAAGCACCUUUUCAAUGCCAAUGUCCAGCCGCCCGACGACUGGCUCUGUGCGUCGAUUUCCUAUCUCGGCGGCAGCUUCACUGGCUCUGACGAAGCAGCGCAUGAAGGAGCGUGGCAUGAUUCAACGGUAG